AUGAAGCCCUCUCUUCUCGUAUCAAUAAUUACGCUCUCGAUUUUUUUCACAAUACUCGUCGCAAAAUCUUCAUCGGCCGCCCCCACACGAGUAACGAAGGAACUCGUAGAUAGGGUUUGCCCUAAGACAAGAAACCCUGAGUUGUGUCGGAAUAUUCUGAUCCAAUACACGGGCAGCCCUCUUUUUCCGCACCCUCUUGCCCGUUUCAACGCGUUGGCACUUGCACAGGCUACAACGACAGGCAGACAAAUUUGGGAUCUUUACAAACACAUGAGCCGUUACAGAUCGGAACUAAAAACGAGGUUCCACAUUAGCUGGCAGAAGUAUAGUGUUGCUACAAAAUACCUCAAAGAAGUUAAUGCAAACUUGCAAGGUGGCAUUAAUUACGUAACAUCUGCGAAGAGUCACGCUUCACUUGCCAUGUCAGCUGCCCAAUCGGGCGAUUUAAAAUUGUCCGCAAAUCAGCAGCAUGUUCCGGCAAACAUUGCGGCUGGUUCUAGAAGGUUCCAGGAGCUUUGCAGUAUUCUUAUAGUUCUGUGUGAUGAACAAGUUAAUUAA